AUGAAUGGUAAAAAUCUAAAAAAAAGUUUUAAAGCUAAUACUUUUAUAUUUAAAAACUUAACUAGUGUUCUUCUUAAUCACCCUAUUAAUGAAGAAACACAAAUGAUGUUAGAAGAAUUAUUAUCUUCAUUUGCUUACACUGGUUUUAAAGAAAAACUAAAAUCAAAAAACCUUGGAAUUAUAGACUAUUCUGUUUUUAACCCUAAAUUAGCUGAGAUAUUUAUUAAAGUCAAACCUACUUUAAUUACUACAAUUAAUAAUUUUCAUAAUGAUUAUCCUAAUCAUUUUAUGACUAAACUUAAAAAAAAAAGAAAAAAAUGAUGAAUAUUAUCUUAUCAUUCUAAAAAGGUUAGACAACUCAAAUAA